AUGGAAUCCGGCAUACCUGCCUCUGGCGAUCCAGCCAGGCGGGCCAAAAACAUGAAGAAUUUGCAACUGGACCUGACCGCUAAUGGACCCUACGUCAGCAGGGUUCGCUCAUCCACCGUUGCUGGUCCUAGUCUUGACAGGAGACAGUUUUCCCCAAUAGGACCCAGCAUGUUCUCACAGAUAGGUGGAAGUGCGGCUAUAGUGCCGUCGGUCCCACCCCCAUCGUUGCUGAGAACGAUGUCUAUGAAUACACACAAAGAGAUGGCCAGACCGUUGCAAAGGCGAAGGACAACAACGCUCUCGCUGGCGAUACCCUCCGAAUUUCCUCCAACUGGAAACAACGAAGACUCUUCAAGCCCGGCAUCGUCUCCUCUCGUGCCUGCGACACCGUCGGAGUUGCAGCAAACGUGGAGUAUGAAUGUUUCACAGAAUCAAGAUGACGACAUGAGAAGUACGGAGUACGACAUACCCGAGGAGUCCAGGAAAGUUAAUGCUUAUCCAGAUGGCCCCGUAUGCGUGUUAGACUCGAAGCUGUACCUCUACUCAGAGCCCACUAUAGAACAGAUUGAAAGUUUUGAUAUUAUCAUCAACGUUGCGAAGGAACUGAAGAACUACAGUGAUGUGUUAAGCAGCGCUAAUAAACCGGAGUACUACUUCGUGCCCUGGACGCAUUCUUCAAAGCUUUCACCCGACUUUCCAAAACUUUGUGGAAUCAUCGACACCGGUCUGCAGAUGAACAAAAGGGUUUUAGUGCACUGCCAGUGUGGAGUUUCGAGAUCUGCUUCACUGAUAGUUGCGUACUUCAUGAAGAAACUUUGUUUGGGCUACAACGAUGCAUACAGUCUUCUCAAAGUAAGAGCACCCUCGAUAUGUCCCAAUCUGUCUUUGAUAUACGAGCUCAUGGAAUGGGGCAAGGCACUUGGAUACAAUAUCGUUCCACCUUCGCCGGAUAAUCCGAUUGAUAGAGGCGUUGAAAAUAGAGAUAAUGUUGCAGCUGCUGCAUACGAUGUUGUGAAAUCAUCCUUAGAAACCCAAACGAGUGCGCUAUCGUUGCAUUCUGUGCUGUCUUCAUCGAAAAGCAGUCUUCUGCUUCCUUCUCCCUCCGAAAACUCAUUCUGCUCGACGGGAUUAGGAAUCCAAAGUUCCGAAUGCAUCACAUCUCCUUAG